AGAAAGAGAGAAAGGGGCGGUGCGUCGCGACGCAGAGGGGCGGCGAGAGACGACGACACGAGACGAGCCGAUCGCUCCUCUCGGUCGGCUCGGUCGGAGCGGAGCGGACAGGAGCGGAGCGAAGAGCGCGAAGCCCAUACCAUACCGCACACCACCAGCUUGCUCGCACGCUCGCUCGCAAUAACUCUAAAUUCGAGGCAAGAUGGCGGCCGCAGCGACGGAGGCCCCAUCCGCGCACCUCGCGCUCGCCACGGGCGAAAAGAUCCUCGUGACCGUCGAAUCCGCGCUGCCCGACAUCCUCGUGGUGUCCUUCGUCCAUGGCGCCAAGUGCUUCCAGGGUGUGCUCCUCGACGCCGCCAAGAGAGGCCUUCCCUGCGGUGUUCAACCCCCGGAACCAGUACCGGACCCCGAUGGCGACAAGCUGGCGACGAUCGCUGCGCGCUUCAGCUACUUCCAGGAACGGAAGAGCGCAUCGUCAGCGUCGUCGACCGCCGUUGUCACCAAGGUUGACCUUCGCAAGAGCAUCAAUCCGCCCGCUAGAUACAAGAAUGCAAGACCUACGGUGAGACUGAGGCCUCGUCAGGUGCUCUGUAGCAAAUGCCGAUCGAUAUGUAAUGAAAACAGCGAGAAUGUCGACGUGAGCAGGAAGCGAAAGCAUGAAGAAGCGCAGCAACAAUCGCAGCAGCUGGUUCCGGGAUCGACGAGAAGAAGUGACCGACGUUGUGGUCAACAACCGCAAAAAACACAGCGAACGCUGUUAUCGGAAUGUCAGACGGAAAAUUCGAUCUCCAAUCAAGCGACGACGAAGAUGACAACCUCGAUUGGUGCUGAUUCUUCGAAGCUGGGGGCGUCGUUAAUUCCGAAAUUAUCGAGACUGCAGCCUAAUGAGAUCAGUAACGUGAUACAAAGCUCCAAUCAAUUAUCUGACAAGAUGAAGGUUGCAGCGAGCGCGCAAUCUACGCAUUGGCCUGUUGGCAACGAGGAAGAAACAUCUUUAAGGAAUGUAUUAACGUCAUCGCACGAGCGGGUAGAAUCGUCCGCCGACUGUGACAACAAUCCUUCAAUGGCCUAUUGCGCUACGCCGAGAAGGCUAAGUAGUUCGUCGGUAGAAAGCGCAAAAGUUCCUGAGGAGGAGGAAAAGAAAACCUUUGCAGCCGCGGAUUCGACGAUGAGACUGAGAACUGGCAGAGUGCCGAGAAAAAAACGCUCGGUGGGUUCGAUGGAAGACCUCUGGGACGAAUCUGUGUUCGAGGAUCCCACGAGGAUCGCCAGAACCACGCCGGUAAUCAAGAUCUCUUUUGGCGCGCAAGGUGAAGGGACUGUACUCAAGAUACCCGCGAAACCUCAAGAUCCUGACGCUUACGAGCAGGAGACCGAUGACGCUGAUGAUACCCAACAUGAGAGAGAUCCCUUGGAAUUGGCCAGGUCCUUCGGCAACGAUUACGAGGGCGAGGAGGAUGGGCAAGAGCAAGUGGAUCCUCAGAAGCAGGGUGGUGUGGUAAAGGACGCCAGCGCAAAGGCGGCGAAACGGGCUUUAAAGAAGGCGAAAAAGGAAGCUAGGAGAAAGAUGUUGGGCGGAGUGUCACCAGCGAGAUCGCCUUGCAACGGAUCGCCAAGAUAUAAUCCCACGUACGAUCCACUCUCGUAUCACCGUCGGAAACACAAAGUGAAACAUAAAAAGAAGCAUAAGGAGGGCCGGAAACACAAAAAUCAAUCACAACAGGAACAACCGGAGUCUGAGCAACCUUGUCCGGACUCCGCGGAACAGGAACAAACGGAGCAGGAGCAACAUCAGCAGCACCAGCAAAACUGGAAUGUUUUGCCGGGCAGCGGUGAAUCGUAUAGAGCUAUCAAGGAGCAGUGCCUGAAGCAAAAACUGUCGAUAUCCUUGAAGAGGCUCAACACGAACGCGUAUGCGCGCUGCGAUUACCCCGUGAGCAACGCAUCGUCCGGUUGCAAGAGCUCCGGUGGUAGUAGCGACGAGCUGAGCGAGCACGAGCCGGAAGUAGAGACCGCGCCAGAUUUCCCACCGCAUCAGUCACAUCCUCUGGUCAUGCGCUUAGCCGCUACCCCUGUGGCACAUUGUCUCACGGCUAAUGGCAAGCGAAUGGACGUGGGCGACGUUGUCUGGGGUAAAAUCCAUGGUUUUCCCUGGUGGCCCGGCAAGGUCCUAAGUAUCACAGUGUCCUGCAAGGAAGACGGUACCUCUUCGGGUCCUCAAGCUCAUGUGGCUUGGUACGGAUCAUCAACGAGUUCGCUAAUGUCCUGCGAUCAACUGAAUCCCUUUCUGGAAGCCUUUAAAAUGCGGUAUAACAAGAAGAAGCGUGGGCCGUACAAGGAGGCGAUACGGCAGGCUCAGAAUGAGGCUCGGAGUCAAAUCACGCCUAACUCAACUAGCAGCGUGUUGAACGUUUGCGGCUCGCCCCGUGAGGUCAACGUCCUCUCCUAAGGGAAGUUUUCUGACAACCAUUCCUUACUGCCGAGCAUCCGUCGGCGUGAUAAUUGAAGCGCUCGCGGCAAGAAACUACUGACUGAAAUAUAAACGGGAAAUAAUUUUCUGAACCUUUGUAUAACAUUUUUCAUCGAUUUUACAUUUCUGUCUUUUUCAAAUUUUGCGUAUUAAUUGCAAAUAUUUUCAUAAAAUGUUGAGGGUUCAAUUGGUAGAAUUUAAACGUUUGCAUUAAAGUUUAUCGAAUUUUUAAUUCAACUGACGAUUCUCAGAUCCUGAAUCAUUUGUUUUAAAAUGUAUGAAAUUUAAAGUGUCUAAACUACAGAUCUUUGAUUAGACUAUUUUUAUACUCGAUCUUAUCGUGUAUUUUUUUAUCGUAAUAGUUGUUAUUGUUGAUCACAGUAAUGACUGAAAUCCGCUGAGAUAACGCUUUGACGUCACAUGUACAGAUCAACGAUGACUUUCCGUGAGCGCUUGCAACGACGGAUCGGAAUUGUGUAACAUAUAAAAUUUUGUACAUACCCUUUAGCGCUAAUGAAAUAGUUACUGAUCGAUGUUCUGUCAGCCAUUUGUCUCGCAAUCAAUCGCUUAGAGCUAGUCGUAAUCGGUAAUUUAAUUAUCCGAUGAACUAUCUUUUUUAGUUAAUUCGAUUUUUCGUUUCAUAAAUCACAACUUUAAUUAUAUUGUUAACAAAUAGAUAUUUUUUUAAGUCGUUGACAUGCUAUUCAAGAUUCGCAGAUUAUUUUGGGAAUUCUGAAGUUAUAGAAAUGGCAAUA